AUGCUGGCCCCGGAGGUGUCCAUUCAGCCCGCGUCUCGCAGCAGCUCUCGGCUGAGUCAGUACGGGGAGUCGGGCGAGGCAGAGGCACCAACUGAGCAAACCAACAUGGCGGCAGAUCCACCGGCAGUGGCGCCGCGUAGCGACCAACCCCUGAACCACCACGACUCGGACGACGAAACCAACGACGAAGAGGUAGCGCCGAGGCCUCGCACUGUUUUGGGGGGCGGUGGAGGCGGUGGAGGCGGCGGAGGAGGUUACUGGGGGGCCAACAGCCGGCCUGUGAGCCCGGGGGGCGGUGAAGGCAGUGACGUAUCCUCAGUAAUGCCUCCACAGACUGCUCGCCCAAAAUCCAGAGCUGAACCUGUUACUUCUGCCAAGUACAACAACCUCAACUACUGGCGAGCUAGGAAGGUCACGUUCUACAAAAAUGGCGAUCCUUACUUUCCCGGGCUGGAGUUCCGGUUCAAACCCGGGCGAGAUGUCACUUCCCUGGAGACUGUCCUGGACAAGUUGUCCCUCAGAAUGGAUCUUCCUCGGGGCGCCCGCUUCAUCUUCACCAUGGACGGCCUACGCCUCAUCAGCCUUGACGAACUGGAGGACGGCGGAUACUAUGUGGUCUCUUCUUAUAAGACCUUCAAGAACGCGAGUUAUGGCAAGAAGGCCAACGGCAUGUGGUACGCGGGCCCGGCGGUGUCAGCGGGGCCAGGUUGGGUGAAGGCGCCGCUGAGUCGGAAGGCGUCCCUGGUUGAGAGCGAGGCGCCACCCCCCGGCGGGGGGUCCGGUAUGACCCCUCACAAACCCAGCUCUGGUCGGGUCAUUCGAAUCAUCAACCACAUGGACCACACUGUACAGUGUCGAGUCCUGCUUAAUUUAAGAACGACCCAGCCGUUCGAAGAAGUUCUGGAAGACUUGGGGCAAGUUCUCAAGAUGAAUGGUGCCAAACGAAUGUAUACAGUCUCGGGACAAGAGGUGAGAAGUUUCUCCCAGCUGCGGAACGAGUUCUCGGAUGUCGACACGUUCUACCUGGGGACGGGGCACGUGGGGUCGCCCGUGAGGAGGUCCAGGUCGCGGGGUGCGCUGGUCGCACCUAUGGGCAUGGAGAACCACAUGAGCAACGGCGAGGGCAAGCGGCGGGCCCGCAGCAAGAGUAGACCCCGGGCGCUGUACGCCGACACAGAGGUGGUUCGAGGCAGCGAUUAUACGCUGUUGGAAGUACUGAAGGAGGAACCUAUCAGAGUGACCAUCAGAGGACUGAGACGUACCUUCUACCCCCCACUGCACCACCCACCCCCAGACAACUCUCCCCCAGAGAAACGUCUGGUGCUCGACUGGGUUUACGGGUACAGAGGCACCGACUCCAAGAGGAAUCUGUGGGUGUUACCGACUGGGGAGUUGUUGUACUUCGUGGCUGCUGUGGCAGUCCUCUACGACAGAGAUGAGGAGCAGCAGAGGCAUUACACAGGACACACAGAGGACAUCCAGUGCAUGGACCUUCAUCCUUCGAGAGAGAUGGUGGGGUCAGGCCAGCGAGCCGGUAGGAACCGGAAGACUCAGGCCCAUAUCCGUAUCUGGAGCACAGAGACGCUUCUCACCUUGUAUGUCUUCGGCAUGGGCGAAUUUGAGAUCGGGGUUUCUGCAGUAGCCUUUUCGCAGCUUAACGGUGGAAGCUACGUGUUGGCUGUAGAUGGCGGCAGGGAGCGAAUCCUGAGCGUGUGGCAGUGGCAGUGGGGUCAUCUUCUGGGCAAAGUAGCUACACUCCAGGAGGACCUGACAGGGGCUGCUUUCCACCCUCUGGAUGAUAACCUGCUAAUCACCCACGGCAAGGGUCACCUCACCUUCUGGACUAGACGCAAGGACGGCUUCUUCGAGCGGACCGACAUCAUCAAGCCUCCUUCCAGGACUCAGGUGACGUGUUUGCAGUUCGAACAAGACGGUGACGUAGUGACAGCUGACGGGGACGGUUUUAUCACCAUCUACUCCGUGGAUAGUGACGGUGCAUACUUUGUCCGUAUGGAGUUCGAGGCACACAACAAAGGGAUCGCAUCGUUGGUGAUGCUGUCGGAAGGGACUCUUCUGAGUGGCGGUGAGAAGGAUCGCAAGAUCGUAGCCUGGGACUCUCUCCAGAACUACAAGAAGAUCACCGAAACUAAGUUGGCCGAGAGUGCGGGAGGAGUUCGCAGUAUUUAUCCGCAGAGGCCGGGCAGAAACGACGGUAACAUCUACGUGGGCACCACCAGGAAUAACAUCUUGGAGGGUAGCUUGCAGAGGAGAUUCAACCAGGUGGUGUUCGGCCACGGGAGACAACUGUGGGGGCUGGCAGUCCACCCCGACGAUGAACUCUUUGCGACAGCUGGCCACGAUAAGAAUAUCGCCCUCUGGAGAAAACACAAAACCAUCUGGACUACUCAGGUGGCAUAUGAGUGCGUGUCGUUGUGCUUCCACCCGUUUGGCGUCGCCUUGGCGGCAGGAUCCACGGAAGGACAUCUUGUAGUGCUGAAUGCAGAGACAGGUUCUAUCGUGACCACAGUGAGAGUGUGUGGAUCUCCUCUCAGCUGCCUCGGAUAUAACCCAGCUGGAGACAUGGUGGCCAUAGGGUCACAGAACGGCAGUGUCUACUUGUUCCGAGUCAGCAGAGACGGUUACACGUACAAGAAGAGCAACAAGAUCAGAGGAUCGCACCCUCUAACUCAGCUGGACUGGAGUACCGAUGGAAACUACCUACAGACUGUCACUGCAGAUUACGAUCUGGCCUUCUGGGAUAUCAAGAGCCUUUCCGUGGAAAAGAGUGCGGUUGCUAUGAAGGACGUCAAAUGGCACACUCACAAUGCUACUGUUGGGUUUUUAGUAGCCGGUAUUUGGAACAACCGCUACUACCCGAUGACUUCCAUGGUGACUACAGUUAACAGGUCAGCUGCUCACGAUCUUCUAGUAACCGGUGAUGCUGAGGGCUACCUGAGACUUUUCAGGUACCCCUGCCUGAGUCCCAAAGCCGAGUACAAUGAAGAGAAGGUAUACAGUCUGGUGGUGGCCGCAGCCAGGUUCCUCUUUAAUGACCGCAACGUCGUCACCGUGGGCGGCACUGACGCAGCGCUCAUGUUGUGGGAGGUCAUAGACGACUGAGGCCGGCAGGUCAUAGACGACUGGAGUGCCAAAGUCGUGGACAUUCGGUAUACUCGAGUCGAGGACAACUGGAGUGAUUCGGUUUCUGAGGACUGCAGUGAUUCUGAAGUGCUUCUGGAUUAGAUUUCUCUAUUGGAUGAACAAAGAAACUCGUUGGGAGUCAAGGGUGGCGUGGAAAGUAGUUGAGCCUAUGUGUCAGAUGAAUUAUUAUGCUUUAAGUUUAUAAAAACAAGGUACGUAUAAGAUAGGUAAAAUGCUAAAAAUAUCGAUGUAUUGAUUUUUAAAAUUAAUUGUUACCUAUAACAUCAUUUUUAAACAUUGUGUGGUACAGUAUAUAUUCUUUCAAUUGAGAGGCUAUUGCGAGAUACAUAGAGAAAAUUAUCUUUAAAAAAAUGUAUUGGGAGCCAACAUUUACAAUGCCCUUGUUUGUAUACAGCCGUAGAAAGUUCUUUUAUGUUUUCCAUUUUUUUAACUUCAUUUUAUGUUAAACGUUUCUAUUAAGUAGUAAGGAAUCCCAAAACCGAUCCAAGCAGAAAAAUCAAUGUAUUUAUUAAUUGUCCACAUUACAUAAUGCAAUUAUCAGUACAAAAAAGGAUUUGACAUUAACAGUUGAAAAGUGCUCGGUAACGACAAUUUGAAAGUCAUCGUUGUGUUAUUAAUUAAUUGGAAAGUAAUCGUGGCGUUGUCAGUUUGGAAACCGAUUCCACGCUUUCACCUUAAAAGUGAGUCAAUACGGCUUCAAAAAGUCAAUCGAAAAAGAUUUUGAAGCAGUCGAGAUCAAACUUUAAACGCAUCAAUCAAAAUUAGUUGUGAUCGGAAUAUAUAGGUCUCCUAUUGGAAAUGUAGACACUUUUUUCUAAAUUCGAAAAAUUAUUGACAUGCCUGACUAACCAACGUCAGAAAUUUGUCGUGAUGGGGAAUUUCAACAUUGGCGCGUUGGACAACAUUCACCAUUCCACAAUUAGAUUGGUCGAUUUAUUUAGGUCAUUUGACCUGGGUUUACUAGUCAAAACUCCGACGAGAGUGACGGCUACAACACAAUCUGCUAUCGACAAUA